AUGUCGCGGACAGAAGUCCAGCAAGCUGAUUCCAUACAUGAGGAAGACCCUCACAACGAACCUCCGAAGAAACAGAAGAGCAGACGCCCCGCAAAUACCGCGUUUCGGCAGCAGAGGCUGAAGGCAUGGCAGCCUAUUCUGACACCCAAGACCGUCCUCCCCCUCCUCUUCGUCGUGGGCAUCAUUUUUGCCCCCAUCGGUGGGCUUCUUCUAUGGGCGAGCGCAAGUGUACAAGAACUGAGGAUUGAUUACACCGACUGCAUUUCGACUGCAGGAAACAACAACUUCACUCAGAUCCCCGAUUCCAAAGUUCACUCGUCCUUCAAAACAUCCAGCAACGCGGUGAGGGCGGAAUGGAAGAGAUCAACAGACAGGACGACCCCGCCGUGGAGCGUCCCGAUCGAAGACACUCCUAUUUGUACUCUUCAGUUCUCCAUUCCCAACGACAUCGGUCCUCCAGUUUAUUUGUACUAUCGCCUCACCAAUUUCUACCAAAAUCAUCGGAGAUAUGUGAAGUCGCUCGAUACGGAUCAACUAAAGGGAGAUGCUCUCAGCAAUCACACGAUCAGCAACAGCGCCUGUAAUCCGCUCAAACUGAACCACGAAGGCAAGGCCUACUACCCGUGUGGGUUGAUUGCCAAUUCCAUCUUCAAUGACACUUUAAAUUCUCCAAAACUUGUGAACGCAGCAGGGAAUACGCCUGCGCAACCAUACGUCAUGACCAACCGGAGCAUCGCCUGGAGCUCUGAUGCAUCUCUUUACAAAAAGACAAAAUAUACCAACGAACAGGUGGCUCCACCUCCUAACUGGAUCAAGCGUUAUCCGAACUACACCGACGAACACCCAAUCCCGGAUUUGUCGCAAUACGAAGAGUUCCAAGUCUGGAUGAGGACAGCUGGUCUGCCCACGUUCAGUAAACUAGCCCUGCGCAAUGACGAUGACAAAAUGACGGCGGGCAUCUACCAGAUGGAGAUAUAUGACUUCUUCCCAGUUUCAGUGUAUGACGGGACCAAGAGCAUCCUGAUCUCGACGAGGUCGGUGGUGGGUGGCAAGAACUCGUUCUUGGGGAUUGCAUACGUUGCCAUUGGCGGAUUAUGCAUCGUUCUGGGUGCAUUGUUUACUCUUGCACAUCUGAUCAGACCCAGAAAACUUGGUGACCAUACGUAUCUAUCAUGGAACAACGACGCUCCGGCGACCGGAAUCCUCGCCACUGGUCGCGAAGUUCGACCUGGAGGGUCUUAA